AUGCUGGUGGGCGCCAGGCUCCAGCGGCGGCGGCGGCAGCUGCAGCAGCAGCCCCGGCGGCGGCAGCCUCUCCUCUGGCCGAUGAAUGCAGACCCGCCGCCGCCGCCGCCGCCCUGGGUUUGGAUGGUUCCCGGCUCGGCCGGGCUGCUCCGGCUGGGCGCCGGGGUCGCGCCCCCGCCCGUGCUGCUCGCCUCGGCGCAGCCCCCCGCCGGCCCGCUGCUCCCGGGGCUGCCCGGCUGGCAAGCCCCCGGCGAGCCCCUGCUGCCGCUGCUGCCGCUGCCCUCUGCGCCAGACCACGCCGCCGCCGCCGCCGCCGCCUCCGCGCACCACUACCCCUUGCUCCACGGGCAGUGGCUGUGCGGUGGCCAUUCUCCAUCUAUAGGACUCUCUCCCUCUUCCACUGUGGAGCUGGUGCCCAUUUUCCCACACGUCUGCCCGUCUGCUCUCCCACCUCCUGUUGGGAAAAGUUGGAUAGACAAAAGGAUACCCAAUUGUAAGAUCUUUUUUAAUAAUUCCUUUGCUCUGGACUCAACGUGGAUAUAUCCUGAGGAGUCAAGGUUGUUCCGUGGGCAUGAAAAGCCUCAUCUAUUGGCAAACCAAGUCGCCCUGUCUCUGUCCAGACCAGCUCCUGCCUCCUGGCCUCUUCCCACGGGGCUGUUAGCACCUCAGCUAAUACCAGGUGGUCGUCACAACAGCCUGAAGCCUGUCGGCAGUACCCCCGGCAUUGCCAUCACCGCCACGGCUGCCAUGGUGUCCGUGGACCCAGAGGCACUUGGGGGCCCAUCCCCCUCCAGCGUGCAGCCCUGCCACUUCCUGACCCUGGCACCCAUCAGGAUACCCCUGAGGACCGCCCCCUUCUCCGACAGAAGCAGAGAGCACAGCCGAGCACCCGGCCCCCCCGCCCUCAUGCUGCACACCGAGAGGAGGAGCCCGGCCGGGCCCAGGGAAGAGAAGGAACCGCCAUCGAUGCUAGUCACCAGAGAGGACAGUGCAGCUGAAGGAAACAGACCCGUGGCCUCCGCUCCAGUGCCCGGUUCCCCCUGGUGCGUGGUCUGGACGGGCGAUGACCGGGUUUUCUUCUUCAACCCGACGAUGCAGCUGUCCGUGUGGGAGAAGCCUGUGGACCUGAAGAGCCGCGGGGACCUGGACAGGAUCAUCGAGGACCCACCCCACAAACGCAAGCUGGAGGCGCCGACACCCGACCACAGCGACGGGUCUCAGUCUGAGGACGGCAGGGGAGACCGGAACCUGAGGACCAAGAGGAACCGGACAGAAGGCCAUGGGAGUCCUGGGCCAGAGGAGGCAGAAGGACAGGACAAGGGUGCCGGGACGCCGCCGCCCCAGAUCCUCCUGCCACUGGAGGAGCGGGUGACCCACUUCCGAGACAUGCUGCUGGAGCGAGGGGUGUCAGCGUUCUCUACCUGGGAGAAAGAAUUACAUAAAAUCGUGUUUGAUCCACGCUACCUCCUGCUAAACUCGGAGGAGCGGAAGCAGAUAUUCGAACAGUUCGUCAAGACAAGGAUAAAAGAAGAAUACAAGGAGAAGAAAAGCAAACUGCUGCUCGCCAAAGAAGAAUUCAAAAAGCUUCUGGAGGAGUCUAAGGUGUCACCCAGGUACGGAGAUGAAACAGACGCUGGGCGUCCCCAAGGCUGGACGUUUGCCCGUGACUGCAAGACAGCUCUCACGGUCUGUGUCUGUUAAACCGCACACCCCAGCGGGCCCCAGACACCAUGAGUGUGAUGGCGGCGACCCCUGGGGAGGGAAGCCCACCUCCUCCCUGCCGAGGGGGAGUGAGCCUUCCAGUGACCAACCGCGAUCCCUGCCCCUCGCCCCCCACCUGCGCCGCGGUCCCUCCGUUCCACUGCCCAGAUGCCUGGUUUUCCAGCCUGGUAUCCCUGACCCCACGGUCUAAAUGAUCAGCAGGUCAGCACUUGGGGGGGGGUCUUACUUCAGAUCUAGGGAUCAGAGACUGAACACACAGGCCACAGAUAGCAGCAGGAACACGAACCCCCCCAACCCCACUGGAUCCAGAUGCCUUCCAGGUCGGCUGGGGUACAGACAGGAGGUGCACUCGCCGGAGUAAAUGGGCCUGGUAACAUUGUUGCCAAAACGCACCUCCAAUAACGGACAUCACUCUCACGAAAUAGAACAAGCCCACAGGGGGCUGACGUCAGAAAUUAGAAAAGUACGUGGAUUUCACUGUUCUUAAAAAUUAGCUCCCGUUGACUGAUAUUUAAAAAGUAAUGAAUGUAUACUACUUCUGAAAUUACAGAACUAUCACUUUUAUAAGCAAAAAGUGAUUGUGGUUUAUUUUCAUUUGGGGUUAGGACAUUAUGUCUAAGUGGACAUAUAUGUGUUAGUAUUUUAUAAUAAUCCCUUAGUACAGCAUCGUUUUUAAAUAGAUGUUAACUGACAUUGCUUUCUAUGAAGACCUGAGGUCCCGUAUGUGCUGGGAGAUUGUCCAGUUCUCCAGGUCGGUAACUGGACGUUGGGUUCUGACAAAACUGCAGGAGUUUAAAGAGCAGAUAUUUUCUGAACGGGAGAAAAUGUAGCAUGAAUGAUCCCCAUCACAAAAUGCUAAUCUAGAAAAGCAACUGUUCAUCUAGACAUUCGUAAUUGUGCUUUUCUACCAUUAGAGAUGAGAACACCGGCUUUUCUGUGUCCCCCACAUGGUGACCCUAGGAGAGAGGAGAUGAUCUGGGGCCCCUGCCUCGGGGCACAGCCUGCUCAGGCCCUCCUCAGUGCGGCAGUGGGUGAGGCGUCACACGUUUCUGAGCUUCUGGUCUCAGGUCUCAUCUGCAGGCAACACAGCUCCAGGAGGCUCCCUGCAGGGUGCAGGCAGGGUAGCAAACUGCUACCUGGAAGAAGCUUGGUGAAAGGGAGCCCAUCAUCACC